CGCUCGUCCAUGCUCUAAGACAGUCACACAUCGACACGUCUGAAGCUGCGUGUGGCCUACUCAUCUGUGGUAACGUCCAGCUUUGGUGUCGCCUUAAUUCGCCAAUGUCUCCCUUCUUCUUCCAACCACAAAUACCUUCAAUACCCAGCUCCCAAAUUUCGAGGCCUGAGAUCUCCCGGUAGAACAUCACACCUUGCCGAAAUCCUGCCCAACACACGGUCAAUCAGCACCUGCCCAUUACCACAAACCUCGACAGCAGAUCGCCGCUAUGACAGACAGUUCAGCAGCGCAAGUCCGCACACCCAAUGCGAAGAAGCAUCGCGCACCCUCAGCACAACACCUAAAAAGCGCCUCAGCUCGAACAGUGGCCCCAGCCAACAAUGGUACUCAGUCAGAUAGCGCUCUGGCAUAUUCAGGUGCGGCAUCGCCGCGACCCGCACGACGACAAAAGCAGAAAACAGCAGAUGUGAAAGGCGGUGCUUCCCCGAGCCACAAACAGGCAACGCCUGGAGGAGCGCACUCAAAGACACGCCCGCCUGCUUCGAAUGGCGCUGUCACAGUCCCUAUGGGUGCGAAGGAAGAUCUACGGUACGCUGGAGCAACAUUCUCGGCCUCGCCUGCUGCGGCCAGUCUUCCAGUCCCGAGGUUCGCAACGAGAUCGGCAUCUAAUGUAACGGGAUCUCCAAACUUUGCAAGGGAGAAGAUGCGGGAGCCACAGUCGGAGGUGUUUGAUUCAUCACCCGAAGUCGUUCCAGCUUCGCCAGCUAUCCCGCCGAGCUCUCCACUUGAUCUUCUGUUCAAGGCAGAUCGUGCAGAAAAGGCUAAAAGCAUCAAUGCCAACGUUGGCGGCCAACGUGGGGCGCUUCCAAACGGCAAGAGCAUCUUUUUGGACGAGACGGCGAACGGCAACGCCGGAAGACAGAACACGCCAGGAACCCAUAGUAGCCCUCGUCCUGGAAUGAGUGACAGAUCGUUGUCUUCACCUGGCGCAUGGACACCACCGGCCAAUGACGACGAAGGUCGGCAAGCUGCUUCGAAAUCUCUGAAAGCGCUUUUGUUUGGUCAACCCCUGUCUCCCACUGCAUCACCACCUCCACCCUUUGUUAUGGACGAUCCUCGGACUUCAAGGACACCGGAUGCGACUCCACAAUCAUAUCAUAAUCGCACCCCUUCAGCUCCAUUCACGCCUCCUUCAGAGCAACGUAAUCAGAAUGCCUACCAUUAUGGCAAUCGAAACUUGUCUCCACUCUUCAAGGCUGCUCGAGGAGACACUCCGGCUCGUCCGUCGAAUUUGAACCACGUCAUGGGUAACUAUCACGAGCGCGGGCCAGGAAAUCCAGCCCACUCGUCAAACCAGUUUUCCGGCUCGUCCAUCAACCACUUCCCUUACGGCCAAGGUGGUCAUCCCAACCAGCAGCAGGGCAUGCCGCGUCAAGCGGGCAUGAACCAGCCCUUUAUGAACAACAAUUUCGCAGGCAAUCAUACUCCAAAUGGAUAUACUGAUUGGGCAGCCUCCGCAUCUCCUGAGCAUCCUAGAACAACUGGAGGCCGAGACACCUCCGCAAUGGAGAACGAUUUACGACGCAUCUUGAAAUUGAGUUAGUGGUUUGCACAGCAAGCAGGCGCUGGACGGAUUACAAUCUCGUUUUUCAUUGUUGGACUUUGGCGUUUUGGUGAUAUUUAGGUUUGAUGGUUCGGCGUUAUGCGGGCUCUCGUUGCACUU